UAGGAAAUAGUCCGUGUUCGGGAUCGUAACCCAGUUUUUGUAAUGGGAAUAUAAAAGCUGUUCAGAAAACCAGUACAUUUCACCAAGGAAGUUACCACGUUCCCAGAAGUUUGUAUGAUGAACAUCUCUAAGAGAGAAACUCCCUGAAACUAGCGGCUGAAGGCAGUAACACCACCCUGCUUCAGUUGGGGUGUGCUGGGUGCUGGAUUUUUCCAGAUGUGACUUCAGUGGCUUUAUGGUCCAGUUGGGCUUCUCGUGAACUGGUGCUCUAAUGAAGGUGGCUGAAGCAGUGAUCUUGGGUUUUGUUGUCACUUGGGCAAUUGCAGUGAGCUCCGUUUUUUGUUGCAGUGGUGCGUUUCACCUUCAGUUUAAUGAAUUUUUCUAGAGUGCUGCCUUCGAAAGUUCUAAUAACUAAGGAAAAUGAUUAUGUGGCAAGUCCUUUUCCUCUUGACUUGUUAGUUUCACAGGGCAACACCUGUUCUAUAAAGUAAGAUGGUUGACUUUUUGUGGGCUAUUCCAUUUACUCAUGAGUUUUUUAAUAGUGCUCUUCGGUAGGGUGGUGGAUGGUGAGUGAUGGGUGUGAGGAACCAGUGAGAUUACCUGGCACGGGGCUUACCGAAGAAAGCGAUAGCAUCUCUGUAGUGGUGGCUUAUUAGUCCUCCAGUAGUAGGACCGCUCAUCACAAUGGGAGAUACGAGCUCUUCAUGAAUUGGAGAGAAGGGAAACUGUAAAUGCAGUAACCUGCUGAGCACAUUUAGGAGCUAGAAGAAGGUGAAUUAAUUGUAUAAGGACAGCAGAGCUCAUGGAAGCUGCUGAGAACUGGCAGAAGAGGAGGGCGUGAGUCAGACAAAAGGAGUGUUCAGAUGUGUAUUGAAUUAACUCGGGGAAGGAAAUAACAAUUUGAAAUAAGUCAGGUGAUACUCGGCGUGAAGAUUUGGUGCGUCACAGUUCUCAGAGGUGUCUGCACAGGGAAGGGAUGGAGGCACAGAUAAACAAAUGCAGUUUUCUGUAACUUUCUGUGCCUGGUUCAAGGAAUUAAGAGAAAUUAAGCCACAGGAUUUCAGAGUUGUACUCAGGUCUUACUAUCUGAGUAGGUUAAAUCUCCACUCAGGGCUGCACAGACAGUAACAGAAAUAAAGGAGUCAUGAAAGCGUUGCGGAGGAAAUACUUCUUCAGCGUGAGGUAAAAAAAACAACCAAAAGUUGUUAUUGUACAUGCAUCAUGAAUGAAUCUGCUUCUAGUGGAAAUGGUCAAGAGUUUGAUGUAUUUAGUGCUAUGGACUGGAAGGAUGGCAUAGGUACUUUGCCAGGAAGUGACCUAAAGUUUAGAGUGAAUGAAUUUGGGGCCCUGGAAGUGAUUACAGAUGAAACUGAGAUGGAAAGUGUUAAAAAAGCAACUGCUACCACAACCUGGAUGGUUCCAACUGCUCAAGAAGCCUUUUCAGAAAAGACAGGGAUCCCCACAAAGUUGAAGGAAACUGCAAAAAUGGAUGGACUUGUUUUCUGUGAAAACUGUUACCGCUAUGGUACCAUAGAAGAAUUUGUUCCUGAAGGGAAAUUUUGCAGCCAGAAAUGUGCCCAGCAAGUAAAAAACAAAGAACCAAAGGAGGAAAAGCCCAGCAUGGAAUGCAAUGGGGAAGAUGAUUCCAAAGGCAUUCGGAAAAGAAAAGCAAAGUUACCUCUCAAAGAAGAGUCCAGGGAUGAUGGGGAGAAGAAAGAGAAUCCCGAUGAAAUUGAGGACAAACCUGAAGGAAGGAUCUUGAGAGUCUCACAGAGAGCCAGGAGAAAAAGGAAAGGGGAAAUAACAGUUUUGAAACAAAAUGUGCCCUCUAAAGGAAGGCAAGCAUGGUGUUGGGCAUCUUACCUGGAGGAAGAAAAGGCUAUUGCAGUACCUACUAAGCUUUUUAAAGAGUAUCAGUCUUUCCCAUACAACAAAAAUGGAUUCAAAGUCGGGAUGAAGCUGGAGGGUGUGGAUCCUGAGCACCAGUCUAUAUACUGUGUUCUCACAGUGGCUGAGGUUUGUGGCUACAGAAUACGCCUCCAUUUUGAUGGAUACCCAGAUUGUUACGAUUUCUGGGUGAAUGCUGAUUCUUCAGACAUUCAUCCUGUUGGAUGGUGUGAGAAAACAGGUCACAAGCUUCACCCACCUAAAGGAUAUAAGGAAGAAGAAUUCAGCUGGCCCUCAUACCUAAAGGCAUGCAAGGCUCAAGCUGCUCCUAAAUCACUGUUUGAAAACCAGAAUGCAACAGUGAUUCCGUCGGGAUUUCGAGUGGGGAUGAAGCUGGAAGCUGUAGACAAGAAGAAUCCGACUUUCAUUUGUGUUGCUACGGUAACAGACAUGGUGGACAAUCGUUUUCUGGUUCAUUUUGACAACUGGGAUGAGAGUUACGACUACUGGUGUGAGGCAGCUAGUCCACAUAUUCAUCCUGUUGGAUGGUGUAAAGAACAUAAAAGAACUCUCAUCACUCCACCAGAUUAUCCACACGCUAAGCAUUUUUCUUGGGAGAAGUAUUUGGAAGAAACCAGUUCAUUACCUGCACCUGCAAGGGCUUUUAAAGUGAAACCUUCUCAUGGCUUUCAGAAAAACAUGAAACUUGAAGUGGUUGACAAGAGAAAUCCAGUAUUUAUCAGAGUAGCAACCAUUGUAGAUACCGAUGAUUAUAGAAUAAAAGUUCAUUUUGAUGGCUGGGAUAGUAUUUAUGACUAUUGGACUGAUGUAGAUAGCCCUGAUAUCCAUCCUGCAGGCUGGUGUACAAAAACUGGACACCCUCUUCAGCCCCCACUUACUCCUUUGGAAUUGGUGGAAGCUUUAGAGCAUGGAGGGUGUCCCACAGCAGGAUGUAAAGGAGUUGGGCACAUUAAAAGAGCAAGACAUAUCGGCCAUCAUAGUGCAGUCAACUGCCCAUAUUCAGAGAUGAACUUGAACAAAGAAAGCCUCUUACCUGACCGGUUGAGCGGAGAGAUGCCAGCAGCCAGUCCUGUCCCCAGAAACAGAAAAGUGGAAGCAAGUGAAAGAUCCACCUCUCCUGUAAUCAAUGACAGAAAAUGCCCCAGUCCUGGUCACGUAGGUAUGAAAUCUUCAGCUCACAAUCGAUCAUCUGGGAAAACUGUACCUGAAACAGCUAAGCAGGAUGAUGCAGAAAGUAAAUCUCCAUGCAAGAAGCCCCUGUUAUGUGAUGUGAAAGAAAAGAAGGCACCCAGUGGAGUACUACAGACAAAGGACUCCAUAAAGAACAAAGAGUGUGAAGAAGAGGAGACAGAAAACAAGCUGCUUAUUUCAAAUGAAAUUAAAGAUGUUGAAGAACCCAACACACAAAGACUUCUUUCUCAACCCGUUAUUGUGUCUUCCAAGUUGCAAAUCCCUGGCCUACCCUUGCGCUGGGAACAGCAGAGCAAGCUCCUUCCAAGUGUGGCUGGGAUCCCAGCCAGUAAGGUUUCUAAGUGGAGUACAGAUGAGGUCUCUGAAUUUAUACGGAGUUUACCAGGGUGUGAGGAACACGGCAAGGUGUUUAAAGAUGAGCAAAUUGAUGGAGAAGCAUUUCUGCUAAUGACCCAAUCAGACAUAGUCAAAAUAAUGAGCAUUAAACUGGGACCAGCUCUAAAAAUCUUUAAUUCCAUUCUGAUGUUCAAAGCUGCAGAGAAAAACUCACACAAUGAACUUUGAAGAUAAUGGAAAAUGUGUAUGAGCCAGCUUUCUCCACCGGAGCUCAUGUUUUAUUCAAAGCACAAAGACUUGCUAGAACUGUUGUGUAAGGACUCUCAGAAAGGAAGAAACAUAGGUUCAGCACUGGUGGACUAUUUAUAUUCUCCUAGAGCCAGUACAUCUGAAUCCUUCUGGGAAGUGUUCAAGCUUUUGAGAAGGUACUGUGUAACAACCGAGUCAGCUAGUCUUAUUUACCAAACUAAUGGCGCUAAUUCUCCAUGGAUGGUUAGGAUCCCUAACUUUCUCUGGACAUCAAGAAAACCUUCAUUAAUUAUUUAUGCUGUAUUAUAUAAGGGAACCUUAAUAUUUUCUAAGAAUUCUUGAAUUCUACUUCAUGUACCCAUUUUACUUUUCAGAAGCUUUUACUUCAUAUUAUCAAAAUAAAAACUGAUUAGCCAAAAAUUAGGCUACAGGUAGCCAGAUGAGACUGUUAUGGCUAAUACGUAUUUGUGCCAUAGUUUGAAAAUGAAACACUUAACGUUACAUAUGUGACACUUUAUGCUACAGCAUAUAACUUUACAGAUUAUAAAACUGUCUGUUUGCUUGUAACAAAACAAAACAAACCAUGUUGGGGUUGAAAUUAUAAUGCUUUUUUGAUAACUGAAUGUUUUUACUUUUGCACGAUUAAAAAAACGUUAUGUGAGUUUUUCCACCAGCAUCUUUAAUGUAUUUUACCAAAAGAUCAGUAUAGAGAAGGCUGCAACUGAAAAAUAAAGUUUGACUUCAUAGAAGAGUUUUUGUUUAUGCUGCACAAUAAAGUCCCAGCCUUUUACAUGGAAGCCUACUAAAGUUGUUCAGCUCAUGAAAGAAAAUACAUGUAUUUUGAGGUAAGGACAUCAGCAAAAAAGAAAAUAUAUUCAUUCGUGUCUGCACAUGCCAGUCUCCAGUAUAGUUACCACAACAGUGGAGAUAAACUGUGUGCUAAAGCUAGGACUGCUGCUCUGUCUUUGUAUUUGACAUAGGGGUGUUUUCCCAGUGGUGGGAAAAUUAUUUCACUCACCACUUCCUAGUUGGAAAGUCUUAUUUAUAAAUGAAUAAGGCAUAGGGGGAAAGAUAAAGCGUGGAGGAAAAGGUUACUUAAAUGCAUAUAGUGCAUCGGCAUAUCCUAGAUGUAAAAUGCAUGCAUUUCACUGGGUCAUUAGUAGGCUGCAGAUGCCACCAGCAGGUACUUCGGUGAGGCAACCUUCCUUCUUGGAGGAUUAUUACAACAGUUCGUCAGGGAAAGUCAUUGCACUUGGUAUAUAUAUGUAAGAUGUAAACCAGAUGCACUUUAUGGGAGAAAGCCUAGCCACCUGUAUACUGAGGACUGUUCUAGAAUGUUAGUUUUGCAAGAAGAGAGAGGAGUUGGAUCAAGAUUUUUGGCAGCCCUCUUAGUGCUGCAGUGGGCAGUUGCUCAGCCUUUAGAGCUGAGAACAAACAGCAUUUCCGUUGCACAGAGCUGGGAGAAUUUUACAUCUUCCCACAGAUUUUGCUAGGCUGUUCUUUGGCUGGAGUUCCUUAAGAUUUCAAGAACUCUCUGUGCCCCUUCCAGAUCAUGUAGAUGACUGGUACCUGCCAUAAGAAGAGGUGAAACAGGGUCAGUAUGAAGUAAGUUGCAUUGCUCUGUUAAUUUCCUUCCAUGGCAUUGCAUAAAUAAUAUUUUUACAUUUUGUUCAAUAUUUGUACAUUCAGAUUGCACUCUUAUUGUACUACAAAACAAAUAAAACCUGAACUGGA